CUUUCGCUUUCAGGUUCGUUAUUUAGUUCAGCUGCGGAUCUUUUACUGCUGAACAGCCUCGUGCCUGUUCUGCUGCUCCUCCAGCCUUUUAUACAUCUUUAUACACUAAUAUAUUUAUUUAUUUAAACCCUGAGAGCGUUUUUCACACCUUAAACACCUUCAGCUCACUCAGAGAGGAGUUAUAUUACCUUUAGACUGGAGGUAAACACCGUGUUCAAGGUGUUUCACAAGAGCGGUUGGGAAUGAAGGCGGUGAUGGCGUCGUAUCUCUCCUUCGUGGUGUUGCUGUGUGUGGAUGUGUGUGUGGUGAGGACUCUCGGGGGGGCUCGGUUCUCCCCUCAGUUGGAUCAGCAGGCGUGGGUGACGCUGUGGGCCGUGGGGCUGAUCCGGGCCGCUCUGCUGCUCCUCACAGUCUUCUCUUACCCCGGCAGCCCCGCCUGGCUGCGCAGCUCUGAGGGGGUGCAGACUGUGUUGGUGCACAGUUUAUUAUACCCUGCAUACAUUACCUUCCUCUGCACCUGCGGCUGCUCAGCGCUGGAGCUGCUGUGGGGAUGGCACACCUGGGAGGGGCUGCUGCAGAGUUACGCAGUCCUGGCUCUCUCUCUCCUGCUGUGGAAGCGAUAUGUUCCCUCCAUCCUGCCGGAGGAAAAGAUAAAAACCCAGAAGAAAGGCAAGACCCCUCUGCAGAGACUGCUGGGGUACGUGAAGCCGUACCGCGGCCGCUUCACCGCCAUCAUCAGCUUAGUGAUCCUCUCCUCCCUCGGGGAGAUGGCUGUUCCUCAUUACACGGGUAAAAUAACCGACUGGAUCAUGAAGGAGGACGAGCCUGAAGCUUUCAGUAACGCCAUCAAGAUCAUGUCCAUCAUGACCGUUAUGAGUGCUGUGCUGGAGUUUGUGUGUGACCUGAUCUAUAACAUCACCAUGAGCCUGAUCCACACCUCCAUUCAGAGCCAGGUCUUCCAGUGCGUGCUCAAACAGGAGAUCGCCUUCUUUGAUAAGACUGAAACAGGUAAGAUUGUGUCUCGGAUCACGACGGACACCAACACCAUGAGCGAGAGCCUGAGUGAUGAGCUGAGUCUGCUGAUGUGGUACUUCUGCCGCAUCGUCUUCCUCCUGAGCUCCAUGCUGUAUCUCUCCGUCCGCCUGACCACGUUCACCAUCCUCGGCCUUCCCAUCAUCUGGAUCAUCCCAGAGUUCACCGGGAAGUUCUACCAGAAACACUCUGUAAAAGUGCAGGACUCUCUCGCUGAGGCCAACAGUGUGGCUACAGAGACGUUCUCCUCCAUGAAGACUGUGAGGAGCUUUGCAAACGAGGAUGGAGAGACGGAGAGGUACAGGAAGUGUCUGGAGCACACCUACUCCCUCAACAAGGUGGAAGCUGCUGCCUACGCUGCCUCCACCUGGACCAACAGCAUGUCGUCUCUGGCCUUGAAGGUCAGCAUCCUGUACUAUGGGGGGCAGCUGGUGGCAGGAAAUGAUGUCAGCAGUGGUGACCUUGUGUCUUUUGUGCUUUAUGAACUCCAGUUUAACUCAGCCAUUGAGGCUCUGAUGUCAUACUACCCUCGAGUGAAGAAGGCUAUUGGAGCCUCAGAGAAGAUCUUUGAGUAUGUGGAGAGACAGCCGGAUAUUCCUCCUGAGGGCUCUUUAGCUCCUGAGAAACUCAAGGGACACGUACGCUUCAACAACGUCACCUUCGCCUAUCCCACCAGGGCUAACGAAAAUAUUCUCAAGGGUGUUAAUCUGGAGCUGGAGCCGGGAAAGGUCACUGCCCUGGUGGGUCCAGCAGACGCAGGGAAGAGCACCAUCGUCCGGCUGCUGGAGAGGUUUUACCAGCCCCAGGGGGGUGAGAUCCUACUGGAUGAGGAGAAGCUGGUGAACUACAAGGAUGAAUACCUGCAUGAGAAGAUUAGCGUGGUGUCCCAGGAGCCAGUGCUGUUUGCUCGCUCCAUCAAGGAGAACAUCAAAUACGGCAGAGAGAACGCCUCGGAUGAAGAAGUGGAGAAAGCUGCAAGACUGGCCAGCGCUCACGAGUUCAUCAAUGGUUUUCCAAAUGGCUACGACACCGAUGCUGGAGAAAAGGGUAAUAAAGUAUCUGGAGGUCAGAAACAGAGGAUAGCCAUAGCGAGAGCUUUAAUCCAUAAGCCACAGAUCCUCGUUCUGGAUGAUGCUACCAGUGACCUGGAUGAUAGGAAUGUGCAUAUGGUGCACCAGGCUCUGCUGAAUAAAUCGAGCGAGCGCACCAUCCUCCUCAUCACCCACAGGAUGAGUGGAGUGGAGCUGGCUGAUAACGUGAUCUUCCUGCGGGCUGGCGAGGUGGUGGAGCAGGGCACUCACGACGAGCUGCUGCAGAAAAAAGGAGCCUAUGCUGAAUUCGUUCAGCAGCAGAACACCGGCUUUCAUCGUAAAGCCAACGUAACCGCCGACGCCGAACCCUCAUCCUGAGAAACCUGAUGAUACAUGUUUAAAACACCCAGCUGAUCAGGCUGAAGAAGACGCAUUAGGUUGUAUUAGGUGCGCACAAGGCAUUGAGAUGUAUUACCAGCUGCAGGAUAUAUCACACUGUAUUGUGUAUUGUUUUCACAUGAGUUACUGUAUAUACGCUAAAACACAAAGCACUUCUGAUUGGUUUGAUUUAAUUCGUAUUUUUCGCACUAUAAGGUGCACCGGAUUAAAAGGCAGAUUUUAAGCGACUCUAGUAAGAAACAAGGGUGUCGUCAUGUUUUACUUCUGAAUCAGCAGGUCUCACUGCUGGGUGGUGGGGGGGGGGGGGGGGGUAAUUAAGUAAAGCUAAGCUACGUAAACAAAACUGUAAUUCCAAAAAAAAAAAAACACAUUGAGAAAACUCUCAUGUUUAUUUGGAUGAGUAAAGAGCUUCCGUUUAUUUACAGUAACCUUAGAUUUCCAGAUUUACACUAAGGCUAGGUGCAGCAGCAUUAGCAUUAGCAUUAGCUAGGUGCAGCAGCAUUACUAGCAAGCUUAGUGCUAGUAGCGCUGUAGCACCCUAUAGUGCUACAUUGAGGAACCCUGAAUGUUCUGGUAAGCCUGGGUGACAAUUAGCUAGAUAUAGAUCUAGCGUUUAGUGCGUUUAGCAGCUAAUGCUUAUGCUGCUCCAGUUUCGGUCCUGGAGGAACUAAACCGAAACCCCUGUAUAACUCUGUACUUCAUCAGAGUGGCUUUACUGCUCUUUAAUAGCUGACUGGUAGUAUUUAUACAUAAGGUACACUGAAUUAUACGGCGAACUGUCAAUUUAUGGGAAAAUGAAAGGAUUUUAGGUGCACCUUAUAGUGUAAAAAACUGUACAUUUAAGUAAAUUAAAAGGCAGCGAUUUUGGGGAAAAAUAUUACAUUUAUGUGCUGAGUUUAAUCAGGUAGAUUUAAAGUACUACAUGUUUUUUAUUGAUAUUGCACAACUGUGGUAUACACACAUUAACAUUGGGCUAAAAUACACUGACCUGCCAAAAGUCAUGGGACAGGAAAUGGUAUGGUGUCCCAUGACUUUUUUCAAGUCCCAUAGAAGUUGAAUACUUCAGUGACCUGUGGGAUAUGUGAAUGCAUGAAUAUAGAUAGAGUACUUUCCCAAGGCUAGUACAGGUAAAUUUGCUCCAUGAUAUUACAAUAAUACAUAUAAAUAUAAAUGUUUAAAUUUUAAUUUUUAUAUAUAUUUUUUUUACUUUAACACGUCAGUUGUAAUGUCAGGCAGACUGCUGACUGCACUAUGUAACUUUGGGGAAGUGGACAGGACUUAAGAACUUGGUAGUGCUGCAUAAACGGAGACAUAUUUUAUCCUGUAUUUCUCAGCUUGUCCAGAAAUGCAUGUAAUGCAUUGUAGUGCAUCUUUCUUUAAGUGUGGCUCAAAGCACAGAAUACACUUCCUGACUGUAGGUGGAGUCUAGGAGCAAAAAAUAUGAAUUACCCUAUAAUUCAGCUUUAAGACUACUCUUUUUAAUGAUUCUUUAGAAAGGAUAGUUUUAUAUAUAGAAACUGAAUUUAAGGAUAAAAGAAGUGUGAAGUGUUCAGUAUGAUUUCAGUGGGUGGAAAUGUUUUUGAAUCUAGUUUGAAGUGUCUCUAGUACUGUACUCUAAUGCAUCUUCAAUUAGAUAUCAUGGAUGCAACAUUUUCAUCAGUAAACUAUUUAAAUGAUUU